UGGUGGGGGCGUUUUCCUAUUCCUUGUACGCGGCGUCGCGACGCCGUCAGUCCGCUUGUCUACGUCGCAACUUAAACGUCGGUCAUAAUAAACCGUGUAUCGCCGGAAUUUGGUUGAAUUUGAUGGUUGCGGUGGUGUAAUGGCCGAAAAAGUGGACGAAGAUGCUCCCGUAUGUCACGCGUUUUUCCAAUUGAAAGAACCCGGCAGCGACCGCUGGCGGUUAAGGGGCGUCUGUUGACUGUUUUCUUGUGUUUACGCCCCGGUUUAACCAGAUUUCGCCAUUUAACAGUGAUUUACUGUGACCUUGUCAGUCGAGAUUCUUCAAUACAACACUCAAGAAAAUUGUCCUGUAUGAAAUACGAAAUCAAUAACGACUUUGCCGUUAUCUGCCUGAAAUAAAAAACGCUCCGUUUGUCAACUGCGGGCGUUGGCGUGAGACAUUGCGAUAUUGCUAGCCACGAAAUGAAAACUAUGUAGUAAAAACAGGAGCAAAUAAUAUAAAGGGAUUUAAUAGCUGCGUGCUACACGACACGCGUGGCAGCGCCGAUUUAGUACUUCCGGUGAAUGGGGGGCAAUGGGCGACGGAUCGACUGAGGGGGGGCUGCGUAGGCGAAUGCCGCUUAGAAGAGCUGGUGGUAGUGGAGCCGCAGCAGGCUCCUACGGACUGGGCGGUAGGGCCAUGCGCUACUACCGCCUUUGGAUUUACACCUGCAACACGGCCCUCCUAGCUGGGGCUUUGGCUUUUAGUGGCGCCGCCGCCAAGACUGUCAUCUUUGACUUCCGAAGAUCUCUCGUGCCAUCAUUAACCCUUUACCAGCCGUCAUUCCUAUACGCUUACCUCGCUAUAGCGACGCAAGGCGGCGCUCUGCAACUGUUAGGAUGUAUGGCGGCCCUUAGAUUGUCGGAGAAGCUUUUAAAUGCGUAUUGGUUGCUUUUGCUCGUCUUGACGUUCGGCGAUAUUGUGAUUGGUGCUUUUUGGGCUUACCGAUUCGAGAGAAUCUGCCAGGAAUUGAGGCCGGCACUGAGGAUACGCUUCCAGCAAGAGUACGGCUCCAACAACGACAUGACGACGUUAUGGGAUCGUUUACAGACUGAGGAUUCUUGCUGCGGGGUCACAGGCCCCGAGGAAUUCAACAACGAAACUGGCACUAGUCGGUGGGAAUUGCCAACUAGUUGUUGCACAAUGACGCCUGUUAAUAAUACAUUGCGAUGUACCAAGGUUCAUAACACAGGGUGCGAUGAACGACUUCUAGCUUAUUUAAGGUCGACUGCCUCAUUAUUGGCGGUUUUGGGAUAUUGCGUACUAGCUUUCCUGAAGAUAUGUUUUCUGGGCAUUUUAAGAUACGAGAUACGGGAAAUGGUUCAGAAAAUACGGAUUCUAAGGGCUGAAUUGGAAUUGCCGAAUGUUAAUGGGGCACUACCCGGCGCUUUGCGAGCAGAAAGCGCGGAAAGCGAACGCGAGUCAUUGCUGGUAAGACCCGAAAGUACGGCACUACUUUCCACUCCGAUGACGCAACCGAAAAAUCCCAACGGCAACAAUAACUACGAGAUGCGAGAGUACCAUGCUGGGCAUGAUAACAUAUGACUAAAGUAUCGCCUGGAGGGUCUGUUUAAUCGCGGCCGGUGGAGUCGUGUUAAGAAAGGCCCUCUGGCCACGCCGCUCGAAGAUAUCUUCAAAAGGAAGCCCAGAGCGAGAGUCAAGAACGAGCUGUGCUGAGGAUUGCUGCCCGCUUGUCAGCCCGAAACUCUGGUGUAAUGUGAUGGUGCAGUGAUAUGUGUGAAGGUGAACGAACGUAUGAUGAGAACCCGCACUGAAUAUUCCUAUUUACAUGAUAGAAACACACGUAUAUAUAUUUAUUAGAACUGAGACACAUACUCCAAAAAAAUGUAAUAUAAACAAGUUUUUGUUAUUGCUAGUAAAUAGCGGACAUAAUUCGAUAAUAUGGUUUUGAACAGCAUCUUCCUAACUUAUCCUGUAUAUAUAGACAUGGUUGCUUGUUAUUGAAAGAAUUAUAUUGCCUUAAAUUUAUUUUGAAUAAAUUUAGGAAAGAAAGGAUAUAAUAUACAGGUUUUAAUUCGGCAUGCACUAUUUGAGAUUGCGAAAAGAAGCAUUGCAACACAAUAGGGUUUGUUCAGGAAGAAGUCCACGAAUAUUUUGUCAAUAAAAAUCCAGCAUAAACAGCAUGUUCCCAAAAUACAAAUUAGCACGCAACAAAAAUUAAAUGCUGAA